AAAACCGCUGUUGUUUACACCACCAACCGGUAGGGAGCACUGCUCACUUUGGCAUCACAACAACUCCACGUUACUGUAGGAGGAAGGACUUCAUUGAAUGCAGCAGCGCAGUGACUGUUUUUGGAUGCUAGUGGUACCUUGGGUUGACGAUGGUGAUACAUUUUUAACUCCACAAGUUAACAUUCUAACUGUAGCGGAGAAAAUAAAUAGACAAAGCCUAUCUAACAAUGCCAUUUUAGCAGCGACAUGUUUCGCGGUGUGUCCAAUCAAAAUUAUAGGUCCGGACAAAGUCAGAGACCAACUGGUUUUGUCAGUGGCCCCCCAAACGGUCCUCCAGGUCCUCGUUUUAAUACUGGAUAUGGAACACCGUACCAACCACCUUAUCAUGGCCAACCGGGUCUCGCUUACCGGGGUCCUCCGCCUGGCCACCCAAGUGGACUCCCGUCCACCAGACCUACGUUCAUGGACGCACGGCCUUUCAGCGGUCUGUCUGUUGAUCACAGUAUGGUCAUUACUGUUGGUAGCCAGCACAACAUAGCGCCUCUCCAAACGCAUGACCAGGCUCGCAACUGGGAUGAAAGUGAUAAGGCAGAGGCAUUCCUCCGAAGUUUGGCUGCCAAGGACAGACAGUCAAAGCCCAAUGGGAGAGAAGGAGAGGCAACAGAGACUACCUGGGGGCACUACAACAAGCAGACCUCGGACCGAGGGAAGAGCAGGAGCAAGAGUCCCUCGCAAAAGCAGAGAGGACACAGCCGCAGUCGCAGCCGCAGCAGGGGCAAGAGUAGAGGGCGCAGCCGCGCCAAGAGCCGGGCGCGGAGCAAGAGCAGGGCGCGAAGCAAGAGCAGAGCGCGGAGCAAGAGCAGAGCGCGGAGCAAGAGCAGAGCGCGAAGCCGCAGCCGGGCCAAGAGCCGGGCCAAAAGCAGGGCGCGGAGCAAGAGUCGGCCCAGGAGUAGGAGCCGGAGUCGGAGCAGGAGCUGUCCCAGGAGCCGAGGCCGGAGCCAGGCCAGAGACACUGGUGGUUAUGCAUUCAGCAGGGAGCCUGGGAGUGGAGGCAGUGGGCCUGUGGGCAGUAGCAGCAACUCCAGUCUGUCCUCAAAGGUGGACCUUUUCAAUGAACUCAAGCAGCUUUUGCAGAGCAAGGGCCUGGAGGACUCCCUGUCUGUGGUGAAGAAAGCCUUCCUUACACAACAGACACAGAGCGCUCCGUUGGCCAGUCCUUCUGCUGUGCCAGUUCAGGCGUCCGUCUCCCCGCACCGACCCGAUGCCUACCAGGUGGCUCCGCUGGAGGUGACCGAUAGCUCGCUUCUCCCUCACGAGAGGGUGCGGCAGGACGGCAGCGGCUUCUCCCGCAUCCUGAGCAUGAUGGGCGAGCCGAGCCCGCAGACUCCGGAAGGACAACGGCAGCCUGUGGUCGCCGCCGACGUCCCCGACAUCGAGGACGAGGAGGAGUUCCUGUACGGAGACAAGAGCACCACCCAGAGCACCCUGGUGAGGCCACUGGCGGACUCUCAGACUACUGUGUCGGCGUCGGCGGCAACAACUCCGCUCCAGCAGUUCAAGGCGCUCCUGGGUGAUCCGGGCAUGAGCCACAUCUUCAAGCAGGCCCAGUCGGCGCUGGCUCUGACUGGCAUGAGCCAGGGAGCCCCGGCGAAGAAGCGUAGCUCCACGCCAGAGCCGAAAAAGGGCCCUCCAUCCCACAGACACAAAGCCAGCAGCCCGGCCAAAGACCACAGAGAGGGGACGCCCAGCAGUGCCGAGUUUGAAAGGGUCAAGAGCCUCCUGAAGAACAUGGGACUGACUCUGAGCAUGGCGGAAAUCACCAAGAUCGCUUCAAAGAUGCGUGACACGCCUUCAUCCAAAGGGUCGAAGUCGGAGAGCAUGGACAGCAAGCAUUCCCAUAGGGAUAGAGAUAGCGGUCAUCAGGAGAAGGAGAGAGAAAGAGAUCGAAGUGACAAACAUGGCGGUGGAGCGAAGAGGAAAGAACACCUGGUGAAAGAACUGGAGAGCAUUUUAAAGACAGAAGGGUCAGGGAACUUGAUUCCAGUGAUUGGCUUCUAUUGUAAGCUGUGUGAGGAGUUCUUUGGGGAUCUGGCCAGCGCCCAAAGGCACGAGGGCUGCCACAAGGGCUCCAGAGAUUCGGGAAAGGGAUCCAUGCCUAAGUUAUACAACGACACAAAGAGCGGCUCUGGCCAUUCUUCGCAACACUCCGCAGGACCUGGCCACUCAGAGAAGAAGCGGCUUGCAGAAGAUGACAAGGGACCACACCGAGAUGAGCGGGAGCUGAGCCCAGGACACUGGCCCAGAAAGAGGGCUCGAGAUGAGCCUGACCGCAGGGACCAGAAGGGUUCUGCUGCCAGGCCCACGGAACCUGUCAGGGUGAAGGUGGAGCCUAAGGUUGGGGAGAGGAGCUCCUCGGUAGAGAACGGAGACAAAAAAGGAAGUUCAGACAGUGACUCGGACAAUUCUACCCAAGGCGGCAGCGCCAAGAAGAAGAAAAAGAAGGAGAAGAAGAAAAAGAAGAAAAAAGAUAAGAAGAAACUAAAGAAGGAGAAGGCUGGGAAGUCUAAGACAAAGUCCACUUAGCUGUUACUUUAGAAGUGUUUUGUUUUGUUUCCCCCAUUUUGUAUUUUCCAUUUAGUUGGAAUCUUCAAUCACAACACAAUGCAGCAUGGAGAAGACAACAGCAGUCAAUAGCUAUAACUUUAAACACCUGGAUCUCCUCAUAUAAUUUACAAGAAAUCAGACAGUUAAAAAUAACGGUGUAGUACAAUUAUUUCAUGUUGGUUACCACGAAAAUCCAUUGUCGGUGUAUUUCAAUGUAUACAUUGACAUUCUGUUGAACAUUUUCUGAGGAAGUGUGAAAAAUUUUGUGAAUAUUUUUUGGAAAUAAACUCACCAUGUGGUUACCACAUGUUAUUAUUC